AUGGAUAACCUACCAAAAUGUCAAGCAAACUAUACUACACUCACUCCUUUAACUUUCUUGAUGAGAGCUUCUGCUUCUUAUGCAAACCGUCUCUCUGUCAUCCAUGAUGCUGCCCGUUUCACUUGGUCGCAAACUUACGACCGAUGUCGCCGCCUCGCUUCCUCCCUCCGCGCCCUCAAUAUCGCCAAAAACGAUGUUGUAUCAGUGUUGGCACCUAACAUUCCAGCAAUGUAUGAGAUGCAUUUUGCAGUACCUAUGGCAGGAGCUGUGCUAAACACAAUCAACAUCCGUCUCGACGCAAAGAACAUAGCCACAAUCCUCCGACACGCCGAAUCAAAAGUCUUCUUCGUCGACUACGAAUUCGUCUCCAAAGCAAAAGAUGCUUUGAGAAUACUCAUGGAAGAAAAAGAUCAACAAAACUACUCGUCACUUCCGCUGGUGAUCGUCAUAGACGACAUAAACACUCCGACCGGGAUCAGACUAGGUACAACUUCAGAGCCUAAAGGUGUUGUUUAUAGUCACAGAGGUGCUUAUCUUAGCACUUUGAGUUUGAUUCUUGGAUGGGAAAUGGGUAGUGAACCAGUUUAUCUCUGGACAUUACCUAUGUUCCAUUGUAAUGGUUGGACAUUCACUUGGGGUAUUGCUGCAAGAGGAGGCGCGAAAGCGAGCGAGAAGAGGCCGAUAAAAGCUCCGGUUAAUAUACUAACCGGGGGAGCCCCUCCGCCCGCGUCGCUACUAGAGAAAAUUGAGCCGCUUGGUUUCCAUGUGACACAUGCUUAUGGACUAACGGAGGCAACAGGGCCUGCACUUGUUUGUGAGUGGCAGAAGAAAUGGAAUGAGUUACCGAAAACGGAACAGUCGAUGCUGAAAGCGAGGCAGGGUGUGAGUAUUCUAACACUCGCUGAUGUUGAUGUGAAGAAUCUUGAAACAAUGGAGAGUGUGGCGAGAGAUGGGAAAACAAUGGGGGAGAUUGUUUUGAAAGGAAGUGGAAUCAUGAUGGGGUAUUUCAAAGACGGAGAAGCCACGGCGAAGGCGUUUGGAGAUGGUUGGUUUAGAACCGGUGAUGUUGGUGUUAUUCAUGGAGACGGUUAUUUGGAAAUCAAAGAUCGAUCCAAAGAUGUUAUUAUAUCCGGAGGCGAAAAUAUCAGCAGUGUUGAAGUUGAGAAUGUUCUUUAUAGCCAUCCAAAGGUUCUAGAAGCUGCUGUUGUUGCAAUGCCACAUCCAAAAUGGGGUGAAAGUCCUUGUGCUUUUGUGUCACUUAUGAAAAAUGAUGAAGAAGAAAAAAGUGAUUAUUCUUGUGUUACUCAGGAUGAGAUAAUUGGUUAUUGCAGGAAGAAUUUACCUCACUUUAUGGUACCUAAGAUGGUUGUUUUAAUGAAGGAAUUACCAAAGACUGCAACAGGUAAGAUUCAGAAAUUUGAGCUAAGAGUCAAAGCUAAGUGUUUUGUGAUGAAUGAUGAUGAGAAGAACAAGAAUAAGAACAAGAACAAGAAGACUAAUAAUAAUCAAGUCAAUCAAAACAAUUACCAGAUUAUGGCUAUGUCUCGUCUUUGA